AUGGGAUCAGCAUAUUCAAGAACGGCCUUACGUACUCGUAUACAUGCACUUAUCUUUAAUCAAGGUUUACCGAGUAUAUUUCUUACGAUAAAUCCAGCCGACAUUCGCAGUCCUGUAGCAUUAUAUUUUGCUGGUGUUCAACUCAAUCUUGAUCAAAUUAAAGAUGAACAGCUCAUGGAUACUUA